GGCAGCAACAUACGAUAAUUCUACAGCGUCGCGGCGCAUAACUACACUACAACCUAGACACAAUCGCAACCACCAAACAACAAACAUGUUCUCUGCACGAGCAACCCGAGCAGCCGCCCAGCGCGUCGCCCGCCCUCAAUCUAUCCGAAACCCAUUCCAAAGACGCUUUGCCAGCAGCGAGAGCACCUUCACUGGCGCCGAGAACAACGCUUUCAACCGUGAGCGUCAGGCUGUCAAGGACCAUGCUGCUGCUACCAGUGAUCUCUGGAGGAAGUUGUCAAUCUAUGCUACGAUUCCUUGCUUGAUCAUCGCAAGUGUCAAUGCUAAGAUCUUGUGGGAUGAGCAUUGGGCUCAUUGGGAUCACAUGGAGCCUUUGGAGGAGAGACCUGAAUACCCAUAUCAAAACAUGAGAACUAAGAACUUCUUCUGGGGUGACGGAGACAAGACACUUUUCUGGAACGAGAAGGUCAACUACCACAAGAAGGAGUAGAUUUAAUGAUCAGUGUGGAAUUGGUGCCUGCUCUGUUACUUCACUGAACAAUGGAGGGGAACUUCGGGAAGACGGGAGGUUGAAUAUAGAAUGGCAUUCAUUAGAUGUAGUCUAGUUUUUUGAUCGUAACA